AAAAAUCUGGUCUUGGCUCCAUGUUUGAGAGGCGCUCAACUCCAAAGAUGAGUAAACUGAAGGAAGUUCCCAGCCCUGAGGCUGAGGUGAUUGUGAAAACGGCCAAAGAUGGGUGUGCAGAGGGUCUCGUUUAUGGUGGAGGUGGAAAGGAAGGGAUCUUCAUUAAGGAAGUGGUACCAGAGUCACCUGCUUCAAAAAGUCUGAAGGUGAAAGAAGGCGAUCAGCUUCUGAGUGCCACAGUGUAUUUUGACAACGUAUCAUAUGAAGAUGCUAUUCAGAUUCUGGAGCACGCUCAGGCGUACAAAGUGAAGCUUUGCUUGAAACGCAAACCGGACAUCACAGAGAUGGAACCUGCCAUUGAAUCUGACGUUAUCCAUGAAGAAGAGGUCUAUCCUACAGAAGGGAGGGAGCAGGGAAAGACCAAAAGGCGUGGGGAUGCUCGCAUUUCAUGGCCAAAGUUUCCCUCUUUUGGAAAAGGACGAAAGUCCCGUUUCACCAGGUCUCACAGUUCCUCAGAAGCAGACGAGCAGAGAAAACUCGAGCUCAGUCCAACAACAAGUGACACAGAGUCACCUAUAAAAUCCCAGGAUGCUCUCAAAGGAAAAAAGAAGCAUAAAAUAAAGCUCUCAGCUCUAACAAAGAGAGGCCGCAUAAGUUCAUCCGAAGACCAGGACACAGACGCUCCGACAACAGGCCAGAUCAGCGGCGACAUUCCCCUAACACAAGAAUCAGAUAUGCUUUCACCCGAAAGCCUUGAAGGCCCUUCAGGAGAAUCAGCAGAAGUCAAGGUGACUGAGGAUUUGAAGGUAGAGGAAGACUUAAGACCAGAGCAAAACAAUCUAAUUCUGACUGAUGCUCAAAGUGUUCAACACAAGGUGGAGCUCAUCAGCAUUGACAGCACAUUGAAAACGACAGAUCUAACCGUGGCUCUGGCUGAUCAGGCAAGCCCCUCUGAUGGCAAGAAAAAGAAGAAAGAGAAGUCUGAAUUAAAGAUAAAAAUUUUGGGGAAGGAUAAAUCACACAAGAAAGAUGCAAAAGCUAAAGCCUCACCAAAAAGGCUAAAAGCUCUUGGGGCAAGUAUUGAAAAGGAAGGGCAACCUGAAGCAGAAAAAUCUGAUGUUAUCUCAAGUUUCGAGUCACACACAGAUAAACAAGGCGAUCAAGCUGCUCUUGAAGCAUCUAUGACUAAACAGUCUGCAACCGAGGAUGCAAAAACCAAAGACGAUCCUUACGAGACUCUGUCAAAAAUCCGUGUUUCCACAACACAACUUCCCAAACGUGAGGACAUUGAAAUUCCAGGCAUGGAGGACAUGUCUAAAAUCAAAGCAGCCUCAGAAAUCCCAGAGUCCAAAGCUGAUUUCACAGGGCAUUCAGAUGAAAGUCAUUCUGAAACAGUACAGCUGUUAAUUGAUGUUAACAGUGUAAAACAGGCAGUUUCUAAAUUACCUGGAUAUAAGCUGCCUCAAGUUGACACAUCUGGGGUUCCUGUUCUUGAAGAAAUUACCGUCAUAGAUGCAAAUGCGCAAAGAAUAUCGGUGAAAACACCGACCAAAGUGGCUGAACCCAAAGCAAAACAUGAAGCGCUGUUGACCCGGUUUGAUAUAACUUCUCUAGAAAUCUCCAAAGUUAAAGUUUCAAAGAUCACACCUGCUGAUUUAACAGCAGAGGAACAUUUAACUGAAACAAAAACUGAAAAGGAACACAAAACUAAAACAAAGGAAAGUGACAAAGAAGCUAAAACAGAGGCUCCUCAAGCAGCAUCCACUGUUCAGGAUCAAGACACUGCUAAAACAAACGGUGCAGAUGUUAUAAAAUCUGAAUGUGAAUCAGCAGCUACAAAAGAAUUAACUAAGAAAUCAAAGAAAACAAAGAUAACGAUGCCGAGUUUUGGGAUAACAACACCAGAAAUCAGAAUACCUGACUUUGGAAUUGACUUGCCAAAACAAAAUAUCACCCUGCAAAAAGGUUUUCAGUCAAAAACUGAAACGAAGAAAGAGAAGAAGCAGACUGGUGAAGCCAUAUGUGAUGCCAAAAUAUCUGAGGCCACUGAAGAUUUAAUAGAUGAAGCAGGGUCUAUUUCCUUUCCAGAAUUCAGCAGUGGAGAAAAAGAUAUCAAAAAUGUUGGAGAUGUUGAUGCAGCUCCUUCAGACAUUGAUGAAAACGUGACCAGCGGAGAGAAAGAUGUAAACAUUGACGGGGCCGAGGUUAAAACUCUUGAAAGAGAAGGAAAGGGUAGCAAGUUUAAACUGCCACAUCUUAGCAUCUCCGUACCAAAAGUGAAAGGAACAAAGUUUGAUUUAAGUACAACAAAGAAAGAUGUUUCGGCUACAGCUGAAGUUCAGCUCCCAGAAGCUCCUGAGGUGGAUGUAACUCUUGGAAGUGAAUCUGUUUGUAUUCCAGAGCAAAAGAUGGAGGCAGAAGCACCUGAAGUGGAAAUUAAACCUCUGGAGACUCAAUGUGAACUCGAUGGACAAGGAAGCAAGCUGAAAAUGCCAAAAUUCGGAAUCAAACUUCCAAAAUUUAAAGGUCCUGAAUUUGAUUUAAGCUUGUCAAAGAAAGAUGAAGAUGUCAAACUACCGGAGGCUGAAGCAGAGAUCCAUCAGGCUGACGUUUCUCUUGGAAGAAUGGAUGCUUCUGUUCCAGAGCAAACGAAGGAUGUAGACAAACCAGAGGCAGAAGCCAAACCUCUGAGUGUUGAAGGGGAACUUGAUGGAAGCAAAUUGAAAAUGCCAAAGUUUGGAAUCAAAAUACCAAAAAUUAAAAGCUCAGACUUUGAACUCAGUCUGUCAAGCAAAGAUGGGGGCAUCAAAAUGCCAGAGACCCGAACUGAGGUCCGCAUCCCAAAGGCCCCCGAAGCUGAUGAGUCCCUUGGAAGGGUGGAUCCCGACAUUUCAGAGCAAAAAAUAGAUGCAGAAAAAUCUGAAAUUGAAAUCAAAGCUUGGGAGACACAAAGUGAACUUCAUGGACAAGGAAGCAGGUUCAAGAUGCCAAAGUUUGGGAUCAAAAUGCCAAAAUUUAAAGGCCCUGAGUUUGAUUUACAUUUGUCAAAGAAAGAUGAAGAAGACACUUUACAACAGGACAAAGCAGAGGUUCAAAUCCCAACAGAAUAUGAGACUGAUGUUACUCUUGGAAAACUAGAUGUCACUAUUCCAGAGAAAAAAAUGGAUGCAGAAAAACCUGAACUGGAAAUUAAACCUGUGCAGGCUGAGGUGGAAGCUGAUGUACAAGGAGGAAAAUUCAAAAAGCCAAAGUUUGGAAUCAAAAUGCCCAAAAUUAAAGGUCCUGAACUUGAUAUAAGCCUGUCAAAGAAAGAAGGAGGCGUCACUCUCUCAGAGGCGAAAGCUGAUGCCCAACUCCCAGAGACAGAUGUUAGCAUUAACAUUUCUGUUCCAGAGCCGAAGAUAACAUUAGAAAAACCUGAACUAGAAAUCAAACCUGUGCAGGCUGAAGGUGAAUUUGACGGACGAAGUCACAAAUUCAAAAUGCCAAAGUUUGGAAUUUCAGUACCCAAAGUAAAAGGGCCUGAGAUAGACUUAAGCUUAUCAAAGGAGGAUGAAGACAUAACAUGGCCAGAAGCUAACGGAAAAGUAAAAAUUACUGACGCUGAAAUAGAGGAUUCUGCAGCUAAAGUAGAAAUCAGAGCUCCAGAAACACCAGACGUUAAAGUGGGUUCACUUGAUGUGAAAACAAAAGCAGCUGAAGUUGAUGAAAAAGCAAAAUUCAAAAUGCCAAAAUUUGGAAUUUCACUCCCAAAACUAAAAGGUCCUGCAAUGGAUUUAAGCCUAUCAAAGAAAGAUGUAGAUCUUUCUUUGCCUGAAGCGGAAGCAGAUGUAAAGCCUGAUGUCAAGGAAGAUGGCAAAACUCAUGAUAUUCCAGAUGUGGAGAGAUCUGCAUCUGCAAAAUUUCAGAUGAGAACAUUUGAAGUACCAAAACCUCAGGCUGAAAGUCCAAAAAUCUCAGUGGAAAUCUCUGGUAUGGACAAAGAUGUUAAAAUUGAUGGAGCUUACAUUACUGCACCAGAAGAAGGAUUGACAGUUGGCAUUAAAGCACCAAGUGCUGAAGUUGAGACUACAGGAAGAGAGCUUGACGUAAAGGGAAGCAAGUUUAAAAUGCCACAUCUGGGCUUCGCUAUGCCAAAAGUAAAAGGGCCUAAAAUUGAUCCAUCAAAAAAAGAAGCAGGUACUACAUUACCUGAGGCCAAAACUGAUGUCAAACUUCCAAAAGCUGAUCUUGAAAAAGUUGAUUUUUCAGUUCAAAGGGUCAUAGUUGACAUUGAAAAACCCGAACUGGAAAUGGAGGCUCUAGAUUUUGAGGGUCAGCCUGAUGGAGAAAAAGAUAAGACUAAAAUGCCAAAGUUUGGAAUCAAACUGCCAAAAGUCAAAGGUCCUGAAUUUCAUUUUGGAGUUUCAAAGAAAGCUGGAGACGUCUUAGCACCAGAAGCCAAAGCAGACAUCAACCUCCCUGAUGUUGAACCAAAAGCACCUUCUACAGAAGUAGAAAUGACAGCACCUGAGACUCCAGCUGAUGACACAGAACGAUCAUCUUCAACAUUUAAGAUGCCAGACAUCAGUUUCUCUAUGCCUAAAGUCAAACUACAAGAUGCAAAUUUAAGCUUACCAAGUAAAGAAACAGAGGUCACACUGCCACAGGCUGAAGCUGAGAUGGAAAUACCUGAGGUUUCUAAAGCUGAAGUCAGCCUUGGAAAAGCAGAAAUUAUGAUACCAGAGGGACAAGUGGAAGCUGAAAAACCCGAAAUACAAAUCAAACCCUUGCAGACUCAAGUUAAACAGGAAGGCAGGUUCAAAAUGCCAAAGUUGGGAAUAACAAUGCCAAAAGUUAAGGGUACUGAAAUUGAUUUAAACCUAUCAAAGGAAGACACAGAGGGGACACUGGUAGAAUCCAAGGCUGAAGUCAAAAUGCCAGGUCCCGAAUUCAAAGAAUCUUCAGCAAAAGUGGAAAUCAAAACGCCUGAAAUGCAAGAUCAGUUAAGUCAUGUAGAACAAUCACCAUCAAAGUUUAAAAUACCAACUUUAAAAUUUCCAAAAUUUAGAGCUGCUGUGAGUGCAGACGCACCUGAUCUGGACAAAGAAACAAAAAUUGAAGAGCCCACAUUUAAAAUUCCUAAAGAUGGAGCCGAGGUUGACAUCGUGCCACAAAAAAACAACGCUGAAGCUGAGUCUCUCAAUGUGAAAGUGACAGGAUCUGAAGGCGAAGGAAAAGAAAGCAAGUUCAAAUUUCCAAAAUUUGGGAUAUCGCUGCCAACCGUUCAAGGGUCUGACAAAGAUUUAAGCUUAUCAAAGAAAGAUGUAAAAUUACCAAAGGGUAAAGCUGAUGUUCAACUCCCAGAGGGUCCUGAAAUUUAUGUUAAUCUUAGAAAAAAAGAUGUUUCAAUUCCAGAAGCAAGCAUCGAGAUUAAAAAACCUGAAAUGAAGCAGCUGCAGUCUGACGGAGAGCUAGAUGGACAAGCUCUCAAGUUCAAAACGGCAACAUUUGGAGAGGCAAAACUAGAAGAACCUCAAACUGAUUUCGGUUCAUCAAAGACAGAUGUACACGUCCCACUACCAGAAGUCAAAGCAGAAGUCAGUCUCCCUGGAGUCGAUAUAAAAGAGCCUUCAGCUGUGGUAGAAGUCAAAGCUGCUCAGAUUGAACCUCAGUCAACCAGCAUGAAAGGAUCACCAUCAAAAUUUAAAUUGCCAACAUUCAAAUUUCCCAAGUUUGGUGUCACAACACCAAAUGUCAGCGCUGAAGUACCCAACACAGAAAAAGAAAUCAAAUUAGAUGGAGCUGAUGUGGAGGCAUGCAUGCCAUGUGCAGAUGUUGAUGUACCAGAAGUUAAAGCAGAGGUUCACCUUCCAGAUUUAGAGGUCAAAUCACCUUCGAGUAGUGUUGUGAUAGGGCAACAGCAAGAUGUUGAAGUUGAUGCAAAAUCAAAAAAAUCAAGGUUUUCAAUGCCAAAAUUUUCUUUUUCUAAACCAAGUGUUAAGGCUUCAGAAGUUGAUAUCAGUUUUCCGGAAGUUGAACUCCCAGAAGGUAAAGUGGAAGUGAAAGUUGGAGGAGAAAUGGCUAUGGAGCCACCAGAAAUCAAAAUGCAGAAGGAACUAAAGCCUGAAAUAGAAUUCAGUUUAUCGAAGGGUGAAGGUGAAGGUGUUGCGCUACCUGAAGCUAAAGUCAAACUCCCUGAUGUUGAAUUGGAAAAACCCAUUUUGGAAGUGGAAGCAAAAGCCCCUGAGAUCAAAGUUGUGACAAAGACUGUAGAAGGGUCACCAUCAAAAUUUAAAAUGCCAACAUUUAAAUUACCAAAAUUUGGACUUGGCACCCCCACUUCCACAGUGGAAGUACCUGCUUCAGAUGAAGAUGUCCAUAUAGAUGGCACUGACAUAAAGAUUCCCGAAGAGGUUCUUGCAGUUACCAUUGAUGCUUUUGGCACCGACUUUGAAGCUCCAUCAACAGAAAUCAAAACUGUGGAAACUGAACAUGAAGGAAAAGGAAGCAAAUUUAAACUUCCAAGUCUUGGUUUUACAGUGCCUCCAACCAAAGGACCAGAUGUUGAUUUAAGCCUGUCAAAACCAGAUGUAGACGUGGCAUUACCAGAAAUCAAAGCUGAAGUCAAACUCCCUCAAGCUGAAUUGAUAAAAAUGUCUGCUGAGGUGGAAGCUAAAGCUCCUGAGAUCACAGUUAUAGCAAAGGAAGCAGAAGGAUCACCAUCCAAAUUCAAGAUGCCAACAUUCAAAUUACCAAAAUUUGGGAUUGGGACUUCAAGCGCCACUGCAGAAGUACCGGCUUUGGAAAAAGAUGUUAAAACAGAGAUGUCCGAGGAGGUUCUUGCAGUUACAAUCACUGCACCCGGCAUUGAAACCAAAGAUGGAACGCUAGAUAUAAAAACUGCAAGAAUUGAACACGAAGGAAAAGUUAGCAAGUUUAAACUUCCAAGUCUCGGUGUGUCUGUCCCUAAAGCAAAAGGCCCGGACAUUGAUUUUAGCCUAACAAAGACGGAUGUAGACCUGACCCUGCCUGAGGCUGAAGCCAAAGUCCAAGUCCCUGAUGUUAAACUGCAAAAACCUUCUGCUGGGCCUCCUGAGAUCAAAACUGUGACAAAGGACUCAGAGAAAUCCUCAUUAAAAUUCAAAAUGCCGUCAUUUAAAUUGCCAAAGUUUGGAGUUGGCACCACCAGUGCAACUGUAGAGGAACCUAAUUUGGACAAAGAUGAAGCUGACAUAAGGCUUCCUGAAGGGGCUCUGGCAGUUAACAUCACUGCACCCAACAUUGACACCGAACCCUCAACUGUAGAUAUGAAAAUUACAGAAACUGAACUCGAAGGAAAAGGAAGCAAAUUUAAACUUCCAAGUCUUGGUUUUACAGUGCCUCCAACCAAAGGACCAGAUGUUGAUUUAAGCCUGUCAAAACCAGAUGUAGACGUGGCAUUACCUGAAAUCAAAGCUGAAGUCAAACUCCCUCAAGCUGAAUUGAUAAAAAUGUCUGCUGAAGUGGAAGCUAAAGCUCCUGGGGUCAAAGUUGUAACCAAGGAAGCAGAAGGAUCGCCAUCCAAAUUUAAGAUGCCAACAUUCAAAUUACCAAAAUUUGGGAUUGGGACUCCAAGCGCCACUGCAGAAGUACCCGCUUUGGAAAAAGAUGUUAAAACAGAGAUGUCCGAGGAGGUUCUUGCAGUCACCAUCACUGCACCCGGCAUUGAAACCAAAGAUGCAACGCUAGAUAUAAAAACUGCAAGAAUUGAACACGAAGGAAAAGUUAGCAAGUUUAAACUUCCAAGUCUCGGUGUGUCUGUCCCUAAAGCAAAAGGCCCGGACAUUGAUUUUAGCCUAACAAAGAAGGAUGUAGACCUGACCCUGCCUGAGGCUGAAGCCAAAGUCCAACUCUCUGAUGUUAAACUACAAAAACCUUCUGUUGAUGUGGAAGCUAAAGCUCCUGAGAUCAAAGUUAUAACCAAGGAAGCAAAAGGAUCACCAUCCAAAUUCAAGAUGCCAACAUUCAAACUGCCAAAAUUUGGGAUUGGGGCUCCAAGUUCCAGCGUAGAGGUACCAGCCUUGGACAAAGAUAUUAAAACAGAGAUUUCCGAUGAGGUUCUUGCAGUUACCAUCCCUGCACCCAACAUUGAAGCUGAAGGUCCAUCAGUAGAGAUAAAAACAACAAAAACUGAACAUGGAAGCAAGUUUAAACUCCCAAGUCUUGGUUUUUCAGCGCCACAAGCAAAAGAACCAGAUGUAGACUUAAGCCUACCAAAGACGGAUGUAGAUGUGACUCUACCUGAGGCUGAAGCCGAAGUCCAACUCUCUGAUGUUAAACUGCAAAAACCUUCUAUUGAUGUGGAAGCUAAAGCUCCUGAGAUCAAAGUUAUAACAAAGGAAGCAGAAGGAUCACCAUCCAAAUUCAAGAUGCCAACAUUCAAAUUGCCAAAAUUUGGGAUUGGGGCUCCAAGUUCCAGCGUAGAGGUACCAGCCUUGGACAAAGAUAUUAAAACAGAGAUUUCCGAUGAGGUUCUUGCAGUUACCAUCCCUGCACCCAGCACUGAAGCUGAAGGUCCAUCAGUAGAGAUAAAAACAACAGGAACUGAAUAUGAAAGCAAAGGAAGCAAGUUUAAACUCCCAAGUCUUGGUUUUUCAGCACCACAAGCAAAAGGCCCAGAUGUAGAUUUAAGCCUAACAAAGACGGAUGUAGAUGUGACCCUACCUGAGGUAAAAACUGAAGUCCAACUCUCUGAUGUUAAACUGCAAAAACCUUCCAUUGAUGUGGAAGCUAAAGCUCCUGAGAUCAAAGUUAUAACCAAGGACACAGAAGGAUCACCAUCCAAAUUCAAGAUGCCAACGUUCAAAUUACCAAAAUUUGGGAUUGGGGCUCCAAGUUCCAGCGUAGAGGUACCAGCCUUGGACAAAGAUAUUAAAACAGAGAUUUCCGAUGAGGUUCUUGCACUUACCAUCCCUGCACCCAACAUUGAAGCUGAAGGUCCAUCAGUAGAGAUAAAAACAACAGGAACUGAACAUGAAAGCAAAGGAAGCAAGUUUAAACUCCCAAGUCUUGGUUUUUCAGCGCCACAAGCAAAAGGCCCAGAUGUAGAUUUAAGCCUAACAAAGACGGAUGUAGAUGUGACCCUACCUGAGAUAAAAACUGAAGUCCAACUCUCUGAUGUUAAACUGCAAAAACCUUCCAUUGAUGUGGAAGCUAAAGCUCCUGAGAUCAAAGUUAUAACCAAGGACACAGAAGGAUCACCAUCCAAAUUCAAGAUGCCAACGUUCAAAUUACCAAAAUUUGGGAUUGGGGCUCCAAGUUCCAGCGUAGAGGUACCAGCCUUGGACAAAGAUAUUAAAACAGAGAUUUCCGAUGAGGUUCUUGCACUUACCAUCCCUGCACCCAACAUUGAAGCUGAAGGUCCAUCAGUAGAGAUAAAAACAACAGGAACUGAACAUGAAAGCAAAGGAAGCAAGUUUAAACUCCCAAGUCUUGGUUUUUCAGCGCCACAAGCAAAAGGCCCAGAUGUAGAUUUAAGCCUAACAAAGACGGAUGUAGAUGUGACCCUACCUGAGAUAAAAACUGAAGUCCAACUCCCUGAUGUUAAACUGCAAAAACCUUCUAUUGAUGUGGAAGCUAAAGCUCCUGAGAUCAAAGUUAUAACCAAGGAAGCAGAAGGAUCACCAUCCAAAUUCAAGAUGCCAACAUUCAAAUUACCAAAAUUUGGGAUUGGGACUCCAAGCACCACUGUAGAAGUACCUGCUUUGGAAAAAGAUGUUAAAACAGAGAUGUCCGAGGAGGUUCUUGCAGUCACCAUCACUGCACCCGGCAUUGAAACCAAAGAUGCAACGCUAGAUAUAAAAACUGCAAGAAUUGAACAAGAAGGAAAAGUUAGCAAGUUUAAACUUCCAAGUCUCGGUGUGUCUGUCCCUAAAGCAAAAGGCCCCGACAUUGAUUUUAGCCUAACAAAGACGGAUGUAGACCUGACCCUGCCUGAGGCUGAAGCCAAAGUCCAACUCCCUGAUGUUAAACUGCAAAAACCUUCUGUUGAUGUGGAAGCUAAAGCUCCUGAGAUCAAAGUUAUAACCAAGGACACAGAAGGAUCACCAUCCAAAUUCAAGAUGCCAACAUUCAAAUUGCCAAAAUUUGGGAUUGGGGCGCCAAGUUCCAGCAUAGAGGUACCAGCCUUGGACAAAGACAUUAAAACAGAGAUUUCCAAUGAGGUUCUUGCAGUUACCAUCCCUGCACCCAACAUUGAAGCUGAAGGUCCAUCAGUAGAGAUAAAAACAACAGGAACUGAACAUGAAAAAGGAAGGAAGUUUAAACUCCCAAGUCUUGGUUUUUCAGCGCCACAAGCAAAAGGCCCAGAUGUAGAUUUAAGCCUAACAAAGACGGAUGUAGACGUGACCCUACCUGAGGUAAAAACUGAAGUUAAACUAACAGAUGCUGAACUAAAGAAACCUUAUGUUGAAGUAGAAAAUGAAGCUCUAGACAUUGAUAUGCAGGAAAGUAAAACUGAAGGGUCACCGUCAAAAUUUAAAAUCCCAUCAUUCAAAUUACCAAAAUUUGGAGCCAGUGUUGAAAUGCCUGAUAUUGACAAAAAUAUCAAAGUGGAAGAAACAAAAACUGAAGUCAAGCUUCCAGAUGUUGAAACCAAAGAACCUGCAGGCUCUGUAGAGGGUGAUAUUAAAGGGAGAAAGACAAGCUGGACAUUGCCAAGAUUUUCAUUUUCAAAAACAAACACUAAGGCCCUUGAGACUGAUAUCAGCCUUGAAGUUGAAGGCACCAAAACAGAUGCACAUGCUGCAGAUACGGACAUCAAAGAAACCUCAGGUACUUCAGUAGAUGGAAGAACCACUACAGAUCUCGAUGCUAAACUGAAAAGGCCAAGGUUUUCAUUACCGAGGUUUUCCUUUUCAAAACAAGGCACAAAAGGACCUGAAGUAGAAAGCAGUCAGGUAAAUGUUGAUGUCUCUCUUCCAGAGGGGCAAGCAGAAUGUGAAACAGAUUUAGAUGGUCAGGAAAGCAGGUUUAAAAUACCAAAGUUUGGCAUCACAAUGCCGAAAGUCAAAGAUGUGGACUUUUCAAGGGAGGACGUUGAUACCACACUCCCGGAAAUCAAGGCUGAAGCUCAGCUUCCAGAUGUUGAAAUUAAACCACCUUCUGCUGAUGUGAAAAUUAAAGCUGAAGCAGGAGGAGAUGAAGGCUCACCAUCAAAAUUUAAAAUGCCGACCAUAACGUUACCCAAAUUUGGAGCUGCUACUCCACAACUUAGUGUGGAAGCACCUGAUGUAAACAACUACAGCACAGGGAGCUUAUCUGUGGUUGUAAAAUCUACAGAAGGUGACCUGAAGAAAGACGUAGAUGUUACGCUGCCAGAAGCCGAACUCCAAACUGCUGUUUCAGCACCGGAUGUACCUACAGUUGAGGCUGAGGCUCAACUGAAACGACCGUCCUGGACCUUUCCAAAAAUUUCACUUUCCAAAACAGACAGCAAAGCCCCUGAUCUUGAUAUCAACCUUGAAACACCAAAAGUUGAUGUAACAGCACCAGAGACCAAAGCAGAAACCAGUCUACCAGAUACAGAUGUCAAACCUUCAGAGGCCACUUCACUGGAAGAGUCUUCUGCUCCAGAACUUGACACAAGCCUUAAGAAAAGUAAAUUUUCACUUCCCAGGUUUUCCUUUUCAAAGUCAAGCAGUAAAGAACUUGAAGUGAAGGUUGAGGCUCCACAUGUUGAUGUAGGUGUAAAAACUGAGCACCAUGAAAUCAAGCUCAGAGGUCCUGAGGUGGAAGCCGACGAUCGGGGACCAAAAGGACCUGAAGUUGCUUUGACUUCAUCAGAUGUCAAAACCUCUGAAGGAGAAACUGAUGUGGAUGUUAAGUCAAAAGAUGUAAAAACAUCACCAUUAAAAUUCAAAAUGCCAACACUGAAAAUGCCGAAAUUUGGCAGUGCAUCUUAUGACGUUACCAGUGAAGAAAAGUUGGCUGAAACAGAUGAAACAAAACUUAAAGAUGACAGUGGUGUCACCAUCAAAGAUACAAAUACAGAUGCUAAAACAGAUGCCACCAAAGCAGAAAUAUUAAAUUCUGAAACACCCAAAACUGAAACUGAUGGUGCGGCUCAUGGAUCUCCAAGUAAAUUCAAACUACCUUCCUUUAAAAUGCCGAGGCUAAGUUUUUCUAAACCAAAACCUGAAGAAGAUGUCCUUGCUGACAGUGAAUACAAAAAAGAUCAACCGGAAAUAGAGGCUGAGCAAAAAACAGAGAGUAAUUCAUCAAAAUCGUCCUUAAUAUCAUUCGGUGAGAUCCUCAAAGCUAUUGAUGUUGAAUUUGACGUUCCAAAGAUCGAAAAAGUCGAAGAAAAUCUUGAAACUUCAAAGGAAGUUUGUGAAACAGAUGAAGCUUCUGGAAAGCAUUCAGGUGCAAAGGAAAAAGACGUAAAGUCCAAGCAAGAAGCUGCCAUAAGUCCUGAGAGGACAGGCUGGUUUAAAUUUCCAAAGUUUGGUCUGUCAUCCCCAUCGGAGCCACCCAAGAUUCCUGAAAAAGGUGAGCAAAAGGAUGAAAAAAGCCCAGAAGGGGAAAUAGGGGAUGAAGAAAUUAGUCCCACUGGUUCUGUCCAGUCAUCAGACGCCUUUGCGGAUAUAAGCUCUACAAUCGCAAGUGAACCUGUUGGCUUGUCCUUAUCAUCCCCGACAAAGGUAACUGUUAAAUACUCUGAACCGCCUGCUGCUGUUGGACCUGGAGAUAUGCACGGAGACUUCAUAACCACAAGGACUGAGCUCAUCUCAGAUGUGCCCUACUUGCCUGAGAAAAUCACCAUUCCAUCAUCCGGAGUUUCAUCUUCAUCUGAAGACACAAUCAGGCUGGAAUCUGGGAAAAUACACAUCAUUACUUCAAAUAUCCAGGCAACCCCAGAAACACAGCACACCAAGCUACUCACUGCUAUCCAAAUCCAAUCUGCCGGAGGCCUUGAUGUAAAAUCGGAGGGAAAGGAAGCUGCAUCGUGGACUGUUGGAGACUCGCAAAGUGGCAAGACAACAGUGUUUGAGAGGCACUUAGUUCAGGAAAUGUCAACUGAAAGAAGUGAAAGCAAAGAAACAAUUGUUAUAACAAAACAAGUAACACACGUACUAGAGAAAUCUGAGCCCAUCUCAGGAGAGACAGCUUCAUCCAUACAACGGCUUAAAGACUCUGUGCACACUGAGAAAAUGAGGUUCUUUGAUGAGGCUGAGAAGUGAAGCAAGAUAGAAAUACCCAGAGCUCAAUUCCUCAUAGACUUCGAAUUUGACUAGUUAUAGUCAUGUGACAAGAAACUGCAAGACAAGGCAUGCUGACAAACAGAAAAGGUCAUUAACUGGUUAAACUUAAAGUCCAGGUAUGAUCCUGAUGUCCUGAUGUCACUCUGCAUGUACACUGAGCUAUAAAUACACAGAUUAAUAUGACACAGGGAUACUACUGCACUUACAAUGUGACAAAGAUGCUGAUAAGCGGUGUGAAUGAUUGCUUUUGCUACAUCAUAUAUAAGCUUUACCACAUGUCCUCACUUAUGUUACAGAACAUUUGGUUUUUGCAGAACAAAACAUAUGUAAAUGUAAAUUUGUAGUUUUUAUUGCAAAAUAGUGAUUAACUUACUUGUGAUACUUCAUAGGAUGAUCAAUACUGGAUUUGAUUGGAAGAAAUGACAAAUUUAAGACCGUUGCAAAGAUCAAUCAGUGUUACUGACAUUCCAAAUUAUAUUUCCUGGUAUCUCACUGUAAAGCUUGCAUCACCUGCAACAGAGUAAAGCAGUAUUUGAGAGAAAAAUGAAACUGUACAUGUGUUGUUCAUAUGUUGUUGUUGCUGUAGCUGGUAUGUAAAGACACAACAGUAAUGCAAAAUUCAAAUUAAAUGUUCAUUAUUAAACUCAGCAAGUGUACUGCUGCAGUUAUAUUUGUGAUACUUUGCUAUGUAGAAGCUAAUUUGCUAUGGUAUACUCUUCAUCUGAUAAAUGUUUUCUUCAAUAUAUCUGUAAAAAUAGGAAUAUUGAACUGGCCAUGUAAAUAGCUUUUAGAGGCCUUUGCAUUAUUUUUGGUCACUUCCUCUGUUUUGUAUCCUGACAGGCUUUAACUAAAUGUGUUUGCAAAGGUAUACACAAUAAAUAAAUAAAUACUAUUAAAUACCAAA